AUGGUGAGAGAUUCAGUGAAAACUGAGUACGAUCUUGAUUAUCUUCCUCAUAAAAGCUUUUAUGGAGAUUGUUCAAAAACUUUGGUUCCCAUGAACAAGAACUCCCAAAUAAUUACCAAGAUCAAACCUAAGAUCCGUAUCAUCCAUAUUUUUGCGCCGGAGAUUAUCAACACCGACGUCAAGAAUUUCCGUACACUCGUCCAACGUCUGACCGGAAAACCGGAGAUCGCCAAAACCGAUUAUAAGAAAAAAUCAACGAGAACAAAUCAAGAAUCCGGCCAAGAACAUACAGCGGAGACCAACAGGAUUCUAGGGAGCCACGUGGUGAAGGAAGAAUGGGGAUCAGGUUCGAACACAAACACUUACUUUGAUUUAGACGGUUUGAUCGAUCUUGAUCAAGACGACAACAUAUUCUCAAGUCGAUGGUUUGAUCUUCAACAGCAAAUUUAA